CGGCGCCUGCGUGCUGAGGAGAGGAAGAUCUCUCGCGAGGAAGGACGCCAUUAUCGCAGCCGCUCGACAAACACCACGAGAAUUCGGCACCGCACACGGAGGAAUAAUACCAGCUCUUGAAAUAACACCUUUUAUUCAGGAACCGGGCAGGAUUGCAUGACUUGUAAAAUUCCUUACUUGUGGACCUGCAGUGGUGUUUGACUGGAUAUUGCUGCCUGGUCCUGAAUGAUGUCAGAACAGGAUUUGGCAGAUGUUGUUCAGAUUGCUGUUGAAGACUUGACUCCAGAUAACCCAGUUGUGUUGGAGAAUCAUGAAGUAACAGAUGAUGAUGUAGAGCCUGCUCUGAAACGUCAGCGUAUAGAAAUUAACUGCCAAGAUCCCUCUAUUAAGUCAUUCCUGUAUUCCAUUAAUCAGACAAUAUGCCUGCGGUUGGAUAGCAUUGAGGCAAAGUUGCUGGCACUAGAGGCUACCUGUAAAUCAUUGGAAGAGAAGUUGGAUCUUGUCAUGAACAAACAGCAUAGCCCCAUCCAAGUCCCCAUGGUGGCAGGUUCUCCUCUUGGCGCUACACAGACGUGCAAUAAAGUACGAUGUGUUGUCCCUCAGACCACAGUAAUACUGAACAACGACCGGCAGAAUUCAAUUGUAGCCAAGAUGGUUGGGCAGGAAGAACCAUUGAGCAGAGCAGCGGAUUCUCUGGAAAAUAUCCUUAGCAAGUUAGUAGCAGUUAUGGGAAUCCUCCCCAUUCCUUCCCUCCCUGGUUUGACAGAUCAGUAUCAGUUUCUGCAGCAGUUUGAAGUGGAAAAUAAGGAAUGUUCUAGUGCUGUUCCUGGACGUAGGCAGAACACCAUAGUGGUGAAAGUGCCAGGGCACGAUGACAGUCACAAUGAAGACGGAGAGAGUGGCUCUGAGGCCAGUGACUCAGUUUCCAACAGUGGACAAUUAGGAAGCCAAAGUAUUGGGAACAAUGUCACGCUUAUUACGCUGAACUCUGAAGAGGAUUACCCCAAUGGGACGUGGCUUGGAGAUGAAAAUAAUCCUGAGAUGCGGGUCCGCUGCCCCAUCACCCCUGCUGACAUGCUGCACAUCAGCACGAACUGCCGCACAGCCGAGAAGAUGGCACUGACAUUGCUUGAUUAUCUCUUCCAUCGGGAAAUUCAGGCCAUCUCCAACCUUUCAGGCCAGGGGAAGCAUGGGAAGAAGCAACUUGAUCCUCUCAUGAUUUAUGGAAUUCGCUGUCAUCUAUUUUAUAAAUUUGGAAUCACAGAAUCUGACUGGUAUCGAAUCAAGCAAAGCAUAGACUCCAAAUGCCGAACAGCUUGGAGGAGGAAACAGCGAGGGCAGAGUCUUGCUGUGAAAAGCUUUUCAAGGCGAACACCUUCAUCAUCCUCUUACAGCGGUUCAGAGGGUUCGCAGAGUUCAGUUUCAGCUUCUAAUGAGAUCCAGCAGAACCAGCCGCAGGCACUACACUAUGCACUAGCCAAUGCUCAGCAGGUUCAGAUCCACCAAAUAGGAGAAGAUGGGCAAGUCCAAGUAAUCCCACAGGGCCAUCUCCACAUAGCCCAGGUUCCUCAAGGCGAGCAAGUCCAAAUCACACAGGACAGUGAGGGAAACCUGCAGAUACAUCAAGUUCAUGUGGGUCAGGAUGGGCAGGUGUUGCAGGGCGCUCAGCUGAUAGCUGUUGCUUCUGCUGAGCCUGCAUCAGGGGGUGUUGAUGGAUCUCCGCUCCAAGGGAGUGAUAUCCAAGUCCAAUAUGUGCAGCUGACACCAGUGACAGACCACUCUGCGACUAAUCAAGGCAGCGAUACCCUUCAGUCAGCAAUCCAGCCAGAAAUGCAGAUAGAACACGGAGCAAUACAAAUUCAGUAAGAGAAUUGUGAAAAGCUGUGUCAACCAAGAUGUCAGCAAGCCACAGUCAGAAGUUAAGCGCUGUAGUCUUCGUGCGACAACAGAAGGGAAAUGCCUGUUAGACUAAUAGUGACACCUUGAACAUCUCCUGCAAAUAGCAGAGUUCUGAUGAUCUAUCUGGUUGUCCUCACCUGGAAUAAAUCAGGACCCAGUUACUUAAGCUGGAACUAUGUCACUGCAUCCAUCAGCUGAGGAUGUGGCCGUCAGAAAAAAAAUAAAUGGCCAGCCCUUAGGUACACUUAAAGAGGAAAAAAUGUAAUGAAUCAAACUGUGAGACUAAAUUAAUGUUUCAUCCUGUUCAUUUCUUCUGUGAAAGGCGCCUUUCGAAUGUCUGCAGAUAUCUUAGGAAGGGUAUUGCUGCUUUGCAAUACCUGCUUUACCACCUAUAGAAGAUCAAGAGCUCAAAUAUUUUUCACUGUUUAAACAGCUUUUUUUUAUUUGCUAUGGUGUUUAUAACAAAAAUGGAAAAUAUUUAAAAAAAGGAAAAUCCCAUAACUGCAAGUAUUAGCCUUUUGCUGGUGUUUUCUGUUCAGUGUAAUGAAAACUGUAUUUGCAGAAGACUAACAAUUUUGUUCGUACUGUUGCUUAACUACUUUUCUAGGGGAAAAUGCUUUUAAUGCUGUAAUUAUGCAUUUCUAAUGAGAAAUAAAUGUGUAUUUAUGAAUA